CAGCAGCAGCGGUGUGAGCGGAAAUGACACACACGUGUCGUACUGCAGACCUGAAGGUUAAAGAAGAAGGAGCAGCGGGGAGAUUUCUUGUCGACUGUCCGCUGGAGAGUGUCAACAGGACGGCGUGUUCGUAGUGAGAGGCCCGGUGAGAGCAGCACUGAAAGCGGAGACAUGGAUCCCAUGAAGGCGCAGCAGCUGGCGGCGGAGCUGGAAGUGGAAAUGAUGGCUGACAUGUACAACCGAAUGACCAACGCCUGCCACAGGAAGUGUGUACCACCACAUUACAAGGAGGCAGAGCUGACCAAGGGUGAGUCGGUGUGCCUGGACCGCUGCGUGGCCAAAUACCUAGACCUUCACGAAAGGCUGGGACGCAAGCUGACAGAGCUCUCCGUCCAGGACGAGGAAAUGAUGAGGAAGUCGGCUGUGGGCAGCGGAUAGAGACUUAUUGUGGGGGAUUAAAGUUGUGGGAUGGGGAUAAAAUAUCUGGUUUCUCUAAGAUGAGAGACUUGAGUCUUUUUAAUGUGGGUGUUUUUUUGGCGGGGGGGAAAUAGAAAAAAAUAAAUAAAUGAAUGCUGUUGAGGGUCCACUGAGAGAAACUGAUACUCCGCUGGGUGACGGGAGCACGUGGUGGAAGGACAGCAUGAGGACGUCUUCCAGCCUCUCUGGUUGUGUCACAUUAGUUUUACAUUCAGCUUGGCCUGGUCCUCGAGAAGUCACCUAAAUAUCAACUGGAAAGGAGAAAGGGACAUGUUAUGUUAUUUCUAAGUCAUACUCAUAUGUGGUUGUUUUUAGCUGCUUGGAGUCAAGCAGGGUGCUGCUUCUUCUGCAGAAACCCAAAUGCUUCGUGUUACCGACUGUCUGGUACUUGGGGCAGGUUAAAACAAACACUACGAACGAUUUGCAUCUACUCUUUGUUCCCAAGUCGCCCUCUGAACCCGGGGGAUUUUUUUGUUUGUUUGUUUUUUUUAAAGGGAGGGUCAAAGUAAACAUGGACCCUCCUCAUAAGAUUGCAACACAACAUGUUGGAAGCAGAGAAACAUUGUUCAUGAUUAUAAGUCGUCUGUCAUGCAGACAAAGUAAUGUCAGAUCUGUACAAAAGCCUGAAACACAAUAAAUCAAAUACAUGUAUCAGGGCACGCACUGAAUUAUGAAUGGCAGUAUUUUACAGGAUACUACGCACAGUUUACUCUUUCAGCUCUGGCCUGUGCAGCGUUGGCUUCGUCUCGUCUGCCAGCCAGGCUGUUCUGGUUACAUGGACUUGUGUUGAAGAGCUGAACUUUACUCAUUUUGUCAUGCUCCUAUAGAUUGUGUUGUUUGCUGUAUGCCAGUGGACCAUGUUUUUGACUGUGAAAUGUUUUCCUGUCCUUACUAAUAAAACAUUGCCAUCCUUUAUUUUAACAUCA